CUGUCUGAAGAUGAAGACUUCACCGAGUUUCCACGCAUUAAACAAAGGAAAGAAAAUUUUGAAAGUUUAAAGAGCCUUAUUUCAAAAGAAGUUCUUCAAAAGGCUGUUAGCGAUGCAAUGACCGACGUUGAAAAGGUUUUCAACAAAACUGAGAAAGAGAUGUUUAAUAAAAGAAGCUUAAAUGUUUAUCAGCCGGUCGAGAUCAGUUUAUCAAACUUUAACCCUGUUAGUCAAUACGCUAAGGAACUUUCAUUUUCGUCUUUAGUUGCUAUUGAGAGUACUCAGAACCUUCGAAAGCAAGGGAUAACCAGCGAAGUGGCAAUUUUUGAGUUACCUCAAAUGGAACUUACUGGAAGCCAGCUGGCACAGAUAUGCCCCAUAACUCCAGUGCAGGAAUGUUUGCCAAGUAAAUAUCGGACAGUAUCUGGACAGUGCAAUAAUGUCUACAAACCACUGCAAGGCGCAGUUUAUGAACCAUUUCAACGAUUUAUACUACCAGAUUAUUCAGACGGAAUAAGUUUUCCGCGUCGGUCGGUAACUGGAUCUUUGUUACCAAAUGCGAGAAAAAUUUCUCGAGAUAUUAUUACGGACAAUAUUCAAGAACAUAAUGUUUGUUCUGCAAUGAUUCCACAGUGGGCAAUGUUUGUUUAUGAAGAUUUGGCACAAAUUGGUUCAAACCAACUAGUCAAAGGAGAAGAAACAAAACCUUUUCCGUGUUGUGCAAAAGACUUUUCGCAUCCCGAAUGUUACCCAAUCGAAGUUGAAAGUGGCGAUCCGAUUUACAGCACUAAUUGUCUACCAUAUACCCGAAGUAUUACGUCUCCAAGAGGCAACUGUUCGUUAGGAUACAGAGAACAAGGUAAUGGUGCAACCUCUUACUUGGAUGCAAGUAAUAUUUAUGGAAGUACUAAACAGCGUGCUGACAAAUUGAGAGCAUUCAAAGACGGUUUAAUGAAGUCAAAGAUACAUCCUCGACAAAAGGAAAGCUUACCAAUAGAGGCCGGUAACUCUUGCGGUCUUUUCAGCGCACCAAAUUCAGUGUGCUUUUUGACAGGAAGUGAUAUGUCUACACUAACACCAGGAAGCACAACCUUUCACAUUCUUUGGCUUCGUCAUCACAACAAAAUGGCUACACAAUUAAAAGAAAUAAAUCCUCACUGGGAUGACGAACGGCUAUACCAGGAAACAAGAGCAAUAGUUAUUUCACAGAUCCAACAUAUUACCUACAGUGAAUUUUUACCUAUAAUAGUUGGUAUAGAUAACCUUCGUCGGUAUGGAUUAAAUCUGAGAAGUUACGCUUAUGACAGCGACUACGACUUAAGGGCAGAUAGCUCAACACUCAAUGAAUAUGCUUCGGCUGCUGGCUUGUUUUUCUACUCAUUGUUUCCUAAUCGACAAUCAUUGCAUGAAACGGGUGGUGCUCGUAGAACAAGAAAUAAUUUUCAUUCAUCGCCUAAUGGUCUUUUCAAUAUUUUGAACGAAGGCAGAAUUGACAUGGUGCUAAGGUCCUUCUUGAUCACCCCAAUGAGAAAGUUUGGUCUUCAUAUGAACGAGGACUUUAAAAAUCACUUUUUGAGAGGUCAGGGCAAACACGGUACUGAUCUUGCAGCCACAAUAAUUCAGCUGGGGAGGGAUCAUGGUCUUCCAGGAUACACGACUUUUAGAACCAAUUGUGGCCUCCGACGCCCAAGCAAUUUUUCUGAUUUAAGCGAUAUCGUUUUGGAUUCGGUUGAUGUAAAGGCUCUGUCGGAAUUAUACGAAAGUAUCGAUGAUGUUGAUUUGUUCAUACUUGGCCUAGCAGAAAAACCAGAACCUGGCUCAUUAGUGGGGCCUACGUUUGCAUGUAUUAUUGGAAGGCAAUUCCAAAAUACUCGUCAUGGUGAUCGUUACUGGUACGAAAAUUUCUUCACGCCAUCCGCAUUUACAUUAGAUCAGCUCAAUGAAAUUCGAAGGACAACAUUAGCAAGAAUCAUUUGCGACAAUUCUGAUCAAGUUACUUCCGUGCAACCAAACGUGUUUUCUUUACCAGAUGAUUUUGGCAACUGCCUAGUUGAUUGUAAUUCUACAGUAAUUGAAGAAAUCGAUUUAAAACACUGGGUAGACCAGGAAUCAAAUAUAAAGCUACCGAUCACAAAGGCUACAAUUGAGAAGGCGCUGAAACUAGGAGCAGAACAUGCCGAACAACUUACUGAAGCUGAACGACUUCGGAUUGAAAGCAUCAGUCGUUCCAGCACUCCAAAUUUAGCGGUAGUGACACAUUCAAACUUAAUGGCUCCGAAACAGCAAUCACUGCAGAUAUCGCAGAUGUCUGCCAUUUUAAGAGAAGCGACAAAAGUGCUUGUCCGCGGGGAAGGUCUAGAAAAAGACGAACGCCUACCAUCGGAGUUAGACUUCAACACGCUGCAGCGAUUUCUUCCAACAAUUGACAUCAAAAAAAUUCUUGGAGUUAUAAGCCAUAGUGAAUCCAAUCAAGAUCAAUGUUUACCAAAACCUCUACCAUGCGAUCAUACUUCCAAAUACAGAACAUACACAGGAUGGUGCAAUAACUUGAAGUUCCCACACUACGGAAAUGCAUUUUCGCCAAUGCGGCGACUUCUGGAUCCAGUCUAUGACGAUGGCUUUGAUAGUCCAAGAAUGACUGCACGUAGUGGAAAAAAGCUUCCAUCUGCGCGUUCUAUCUCUAAUGCAGUUCAUAAUGAUGCUCCUGAGGUCCACGUGAAGUAUACACAUAUGUUAAUGCAAAUAGGCCAGCUGCUUGACCACGACUUUGCACACUCUCCCAUCUCUCGCGGACCCGGAAACACAGUAUUAGACUGUCGAAGAUGCGAUUCGCCAAAAACAGUAUCAGCUCACUGUUUCCCAAUACCAGUCGAUCGUAACGACCCGCACUUUAAGAGCACCACUGGACAGCCUAGAUGUAUACCAUUUACACGCUCUCUUCUUGGACAACUGAAUCUGGGUUACCGAAACCAACUAGAUCAGCUAACUUCUUUUAUUGACGCAUCGUUUUUAUACGGAUCUACAGACUGUGAAGUGAAUUCGUUACGUUUGUUCAGUCAGGGAAAAAUGAAUUUCACUAAUCUUGGAUUUAAUGCUGAAGCCCUUCCACAGGGGUCCCAAGAACGAGAUUGCAGAUAA